AUGAAAUUAUUUUCCAUUUGUUUUCUUCUAAUAAUAUUAGUUUAAACUUAGCAAAAUUUAAAUUAUUUUGAAUAUGGAGUAAAAGUAAUUCCUCAUCCUUAAAAAUAAGCAAAAGGAGGUGAAGAUGCCUAUUAUGCAAAUUCAAAACUAUUGGCAGUUGCUGACGGUGUUGGAGGUUGGUAAGAACAAGGGAUUGAUCCGUCAAUAUAUUCUAGAACUUUGUGCCAAAACUUGGGCUAAUUAUACUUACAAAAUGAAAAAAAAUAUUAAAACAAUCCAAAAGAUCUUAUUAUAAAUGUAUAACCAACAGUUUAAUAUUUAGGUAGUAGUACUUUAGUAUUGAUUACAAUUGAUUAAGUAGAAAACUAUAUAUAUUCUUCAUAUAUAGGUGAUUCAGGUUAUAUGAUAUUUAGAUACAAUUAAUAAUAUUUAGAUAUUAUUUUUGAAUUCGAAGAAUAAUAAAAAUCAUUUAAUUUUCCAUUUCAAUUAGGUGUAGAAGAAAAUGGAGACAAUCCUUAAGCUAGUGUUAAAUUUAAGCAUUAAAUAUAGCAUAAUGAUAUAUUAGUUAUAGCCUCCGAUGGGGUAUUCGAUAAUUUAGAUAUGAAUUAAAUAAAAAAUAUAAUUGAAAAUAAUGGGAAGAAAAAUAUGAGCUCUAAUUAAUUAAAUAAUCUAGCAGAUAAAAUUGCAUAAAGUGCAUUUGAAUUUUCAAUAAAUUAAAAUUACAACUCUCCGUUUUCAAAAAAAGCAUGGACAAACGGUAUAAGAACGUAUGGAGGUAAAAGUGAUGAUAUAACAGUUAUUGUGGCUUAAAUUAAGCUAAAAAAAGAAAAAAAAGAGGAAUUAUGA